AUGGAGCGAUUAAAUUGCUAUAUAUGUCAGCAGUUAAUUUCUGGUGGAUUGGAUGGUUUAGUUUUACAUUUAAGAUCCAUCCAUGGAUUUACAAUUAUUCGUGGUGUGGAUAAUGCAGGUUUUGAAUGCGGACAAGAUGGCUGUCGGCGUAGAUUUGUAAAUUUCUAUUCGUUGAGAAGACAUAUUAGAAACUAUCAUUUGCAUGAAAGAGGCGAUGAACCUGAACAAAGGCCUGAAAUUAUUACUAAUCAACUUUAUAAUAAUGAAAUAAAUAACGACGAAAUGGAUGUACAAUUUGACGAUCCAAAAAACAUUGAUGAUAAUUCAGUUUAUAAUGAUAAUGUUAGCAGUAAUGACGAUACUGAUCAAGAAGAUUUUGAUCUGCAAAAGUUUGUGAUCAGAAUGAUUGCAAAAUUCCAGUGUAAGGGUUCAAUGACAGGACAUCUGUUAACACAGAUCCUUGAUGAAUGCGAAGAGCUUUUACUUACCGCCCGGGAUUUCAUGAAAAAGAAAAUUAGACAGCUUAUUCUUAACAAUAAUGUGCUACAUGACGAUGUUUCAAAAGAUGUCUUACAGGUGUUUGAGUUCGAUAAUCCUUUUGAAGGAAUGAGAACGUUAGAUCAGCAAAUUGAUGCAUUGAAAAAGCAUUGCGGAUAUAUUGAACCCAUAGAAAUCCCUCUUGGAUAUCGCCUUGAUAAUACACUGGAUAGUGAAACAGCAACCAUAUAUACCAAAAAUGUGCUGUCAAAUAAAGAUGUGCGACAAGCUAUUCUGUCAGAAAGAAAAUCAAAUGAUGACAAUAUAUUAACUUCAUUCCUAGAUGGAUCGAAGACAGGAAUACACAAAUUAGGAGCUUUUUAUUACACUAUUCAAAAUUUGCCACCAUACAUAAAUUCAGAACUUAGUAGCAUACAACUUCUACUUCUUUGUUGUGAUUCGGAUGUGAAAAAGUAUGGAUUUAAAAAAGUACUUGCUCCAUUUUUGCGAGAUUUAGCUAAGUUGGAGAACGAUAAAGGAAUACCCAUAGAAAUCGAAUCUGAUGAGUUUGUACUUCGCGGAUUUUUAGCUGCUUUUACUAGGGAUGGACUUUCUGUCCACGAUGUAUAUAAUUUUCUUAGGCCAUCAGCCAAUAUGUUUUGUCGAAUGUGUUUGUAUACCAGAGCUGAUUUACAUGCUAGUUCUGUUGAACCAACAGAACCAAGAACUGAGAAGCUUUUCAACCAAUAUCUUGAUCCCUUAGAACAGACAAACUUUUCUGCUGAGUCAAAAUCUACGACAGGAAUCCGAGGAGAUUGCUCAUUGCAUAAUUCACGUAAGGGCAAGGACCAAUUGGAUUACCUUUGUAAUCAAAAUGUAGUUUAUAAGAUCUCUUGUGACGAUUGCGAUGCUAGCUACGUGAGUCAGACGAAAAGACAGUUAAAGACAAGAUUACAUGAACACGUAUCCGAUAUUAAUAAGAGGUCAAAAUCUCCAACGGUGAUUACUAAUCACCGAAUUGACCAGAAUCACAACUUCGACUGGCAUAAUGUUGAAAUUUUAGACAGAGAAGCCUCGUAUAACAAGAGAUUAAUAUCGGAGAUGAUUAUGGAAUUAGUCUUUGCGCCUAAGAUCUCUAAAUUUCUACUUUCGUACCUCAGAGCCCUUAUUACAAAUUUUAUCCUGAUAUUUAAGAAAUUAUUUCCUGAAAUAAACCUUAUUAAUACAUUUCAUCAUCUUUCUCAUUAUCCUGAAUGCAUAUUAUGGUCUGGACCUCUGGUUCAUUACAAUUGUAUGCGAUACGAAGCUAAGCACAAUGAAAUUAAGAUACGUGCACAUAAUGUCUGCAAUUUUAAAAAUCCACCAAAAACGCUUGUACGUAUUUCUCAAUGUGGUCAAAGUGCCAGAUGGGGCGGAGGCGACGUCAAAUUGAUUAGGUUACACAUUUUGCAGAGUAAAACCGUACUUGUACGAGAUAUUGAGAACAACGAAGAUUUUUAUGCACUCGGUUAUCUUGAGGAUGAUGAAGUAUUUUCGUGUAAAUCUGUUCGAUUGAAUGGAAUUGAAUACCGGAAAGGAUUAUUUGUGUGCCUGGAAGCUGCACACGUUCGUGAGGAUAACUUACUUCUAUUUGGGUGUAUAGAGGACAUUUUUGUAUUGCGUACUAACAAAGUAUAUGUAAAUACAUCUAUUUGCACUACUAUCCUGUUUGAUGUGGAUUUAAAUGCCUACCAAAUCAAGGUUGAUGAACCUGAUGAAUGCAUCGACGACGAAUCUUUUUUGGAACUUACCGAAAAUGAUUUACAAACAAUGAACAUUAAAAUGGGGCCUCGAAAACGCGUAAUGAAAUUAAUCAAACAAAAUAAAGAGAAUACAAACAUCGUAAUAGGUGAUUAUGUUGUUGAACAUGACGGAUCUGUAAAAUUAAACGAUAACAUUUUAUCUCCCCCUACGCCAAACCCUCCCACACAACAAUCUAAACUAUCUGCAAUGGAUGAUGUUUCGGAACAUUUUUUAAGUCGACCCUUACCUGAACUGAAGCCAUCAGAAGACAGAUUCUCGCGCUACAACACGGUAGAGGACACUCUAAAAAUGCAUCCUCAGGGUAAAGACGUAUUAUUAGCAACCAAAACUACAUUUACAGAAGAGGAGAGAAGGACAUUGAUACACAUUGUUGUAGCAGAAUUGGUGAAAGUUCACGAUAGCUGGUGA